CUGGAAACUCAGACCGCUUUGUUAUUUACUUUGACAGCAGCCAGUUUUUUUCCUUCCAGGGAGUAAAAAUGAAAUAAGCUUCCAGCUGCAGGUAGUUUAUCACCUCGGUGGACUUCUGUACCUGCAGCACAUGACUCGCUAUGGAGAGACAAAUGAGAGGAAAUGCUGCUCAGCCUGUGGCCGCUUCUAAUGACAGCGACAGGAUUGACCCCUACGGCUUUGAGAGACGCCAGGAUUUUGAAUCCUACAAGGAGAUGAUGAACGAGUACGUGGCCGUCCUCAACAGAAGGUCAAUGAGAUGGUCGAAGCUGCUUCAGGAGAAACCUCAGGUGGAGAAGAACUUGACAGUGAAGAGAUAUGUGCGUAAAGGCGUGCCGAAUGAGCACCGGGCCAGGAUCUGGAUGGCAGCUAGUGGAGCUCAGGAGCAACUGGAGAGGAAACCAGGUUAUUACCAGUCUCUACUGGCCAUGGAGCACGACGGGAAGCUGAAGGAAACCAUUCACACAGAUAUGCACAGGACCUUUCCUGAUAACAUCCUCUUCCAGAACAGAGCCGAGCCGAGCCUGCAGCAGUGUCUGUACAACGUGCUGCUGGCCUACGGACACCACAACCAGACCGUGGGCUACUGCCAGGGGAUGAACUUCAUUGCGGGCUACCUCAUCAUCAUCACCAAAGAUGAAGAGAAAGCCUUCUGGCUCAUGGACGCCUUGUUGGACAGAAUACUUCCAGACUACUACAGCCCGGCCAUGAUGGGGCUGAAGACUGACCAGGAGGUCCUUGGGGAGCUGGUGAAAACCAAAGCUCCUGCAGUAGGACAGCUGAUGGCCCAGUAUCCCAGCAUCUGGACGCUGGUGGUGUCGCGCUGGUUCAUCUGCCUCUACAUUGACAUACUCCCGAUUGAGACCGUCCUGCGGGUCUGGGAUUGUCUCUUCUACGAGGGUUCCAAGGUCCUUUUCCGUGUUGCUCUGACUCUCAUCAUUCAUCACCAGACGGAGAUCCUGAGAGCUCGAUCUUUGCCUGAUGUGUGCGAAUGCUUCAAGCAGAUCACCUGUGGAGCUUUCACUCUGGACUGCCACACCUUCAUGCAGAAGAUCUUUACAGAACCUGGGAGCCUGUCGAUGACAACUAUUGAUAAACUGAGAGAGAAAUGCAGACAACAAAUCCUGAAUGAGGAAUCAGGUCAACCAUGAAGCUCAGGAUCCAGCGUCCUCCUAUCUGCGUUGGGUUUUUAAAACUAAGGACUUUUAGGCAGUAAAAGAAGAACAUGGUACAACCAAGAUGUAUCACUGGUGGCUGGAUGUAGAUGAUGAAGGGUUGCUAAAGUUUUUGAGCCUUUUCUGUUGCUUCUGUUUCUCACAAUAACUUUGCUGCUGUAGAUACAGGAAGUGCUUCAGGACCGUCACUCCUGAUGCUUCGCACAAACUAUUUAAGUCUGCAAUGUUUUUUUAAUUACAUGCACUUUAGCCAUCAGAAUAUGAGAGUGAUCUCUGGAGAAUAAUAAUCAUUCCUGCUUUGUCGCUGUGCUUGAUAUUAACUGUCCUCUGGAAAGGGGAAUUUAAGAAGUAAAAUAGAACAGCCAGA